AUGGGCGAAAUUGAUAAGACAACUCUUGUUAGGAAAGUAUAUGAGAAUGAAUCAGUGAAAAGACAUUUUGACUACCAUGUUUGGAUCACAGUAUCUCUGUCAUACAAUGUCCAAAAGAUACUCAUGUCCAUGGCAAAUCAAAUCUACCACGAAGAAAUAAUAGUUCUAGGACAAAUAGACAUGACAGAUGAGAUUACACUAAUUAGCCAGCUGAAGAAAUGUUUACAACAAAAGAGGAUUAUCAUCACAACACGCAGUGAUCUCAUCUGUGUUUCAUGUAAAGAAUCUUUAAUUGAUAUGCUACACAAGCUACAACCUCUGCCUCAAGAAAAGGCUUGGGACUUGUUUUGCAGAAAGGCAUUCCAAACCGAGUUUCAGAGAUUAUGUCCCAGUGAGUUGAUGAGACUAUCAAUGGAAAUUGUCAAAAAAUUUGAAGGCUUGCCACUUGCAAUUGUUGCCAUAGGUGGUCUUCUGUCAACAAAGGAGAAGGUGCCAUUAGAAUGCAAAAAGUUGCUUGAUAGCCUCAGUUAUGAGCUAGAGUGCAAUCCCUACCUUACAAGUGUCACAAAAAUUAUCGCUCUGAGUUAUCAUGAUCUUCCAUGCUAUCUAAAGUUUUGCUACUUGUACUUCGGUAUUUUUCCAGAUGACAACUCAAAUAGUGGUGCAAGAUUAGUUUGGCUAUGGGUUGCUGAAGGAUUUAUUACAAGAAAGAAGGGAAAACCAUUGGAAGAUGUAGCGGAAGAAUUUUUAAUGGAGCUCAUCCAUAGAAACUUCGUUCAAGUUUCGUUUGGGGAGCUUGAUUAUGAGAUAUACAAAAGGUACAUAAUCCAUGAUCUGCUACAUGAAAUCAUCCUAUCAAAGGUUCAUGAGUUGAACUUGUGUCAAGUUCUUGAUGCAGAUGACACAACUUCUCAUGGAAAAAGUCGAUGCCUUUCAAUCCACGAUGCUACAGAAGAUGUUUUUGAGUCAAGUGAGUACUCUCGGGUUCGCUCGAUUUUUCUCUUCAACAUUACUGAAUUGCCCAAGUCUUUCAUAGUUAAAUUGUUCAAAAAGUUCAAGCUUUUGAAAGUAUUGGAUUUUGAAGAUGCUCCAAUUGAUUAUCUUCCUCAAGAAGUGGGUAAUUUAUUCCACUUGAAGCACUUAAGUUUGAGCAAAACAGAAGUGAAGAUACUUCCAAAGUCAGUGGGUAGGCUACAUAAUCUGCAGACACUAAAUGUCCUAGAAACCUUAGUGUGUGAGCUUCCAGUUGAGAUAUUUAGGCUUUAUAAGCUAAGACAGAUUUUUGCUCAUUCUCAUGACUUUGAAAUUCAAAGUAGCCUUUAUUCGGAGCGAGGAGUAAAAGUACAUGAAGGGGUUGGAUGUUUAAAUGAAUUGCAAGAACUAUCAAUGUUUAAGCCUGAUGGAGGCGAAGAUUAUUGGAAAGUCAAGAAGGUAACUACUAUCCGUCCCAGGUAUAGGAUUAAAGGAGAAAGAUAUCAAAUAUACAAGCUCAGUAACUUGGACUUUUUGGAGUGCCUGCAAGGGUAUAGGAUUAAAGAAGAGCAAUAUCAAAACUAUAAGUUCGGUGACUCGGACUUGUUGGAGCGUCUGCAAGAUGACACAACUUCUCAUGAAAAAGUCGAUGCCUAUCAAUCCAUGAUGCUACAGAAAAUGUUUUUGAGUCAAUUCAAGCUUUUGAAAGUAUUGGAUUUUGAAGACGCUCCUAUUGAUUAUCUUCCUCAAGAAGUGGGCUCAAUAAGUGACGAUGAGAUUGUAAACUUAGAAUCAAUUUCUUCCCCACCUCCAUUUCUAAAGCAUAUCUAUCUAAUAGGGCAAUUGAAGAAGUUGUCGAAUUGGAUUCCAGAGCUUCAAAAUCUGGUCACAUUAAUCUUAUUUUCCUCAUCAUUAGAGAAAUAUCCACUAUCGUGUGUCCAAACUUUGCCAAAUCUAAUUACCCUUUCCCUCAAUCAUGCAUAUGAUGGGGAGCAAUUGCAUUUUGAGAAAGGCAGUUUUCAAAGGCUCAAGAGGCUCACCCUCAGAGAUAUGAAAAAAUUAAAGAUGGUGGAAAUGGACAGAGGAUCACUGCCCAGUCUUGAGCAACUAGAGAUUGGGCCAUGCCCGCUAUUGAAGGAGGUACCUUCUGGAAUCCAGCACCUUGAAAGCCUAAAGCUUAUCGACUUCUACGAAAUGCAGAGAGAAUUUGUGCUACGUAUGCAGCCUGAUGGAGGCGAAGAUUAUUGGAAAGUCCAUAAUGUAACUACUAUCUGUCUCAGGUAUAGGAUUAAAGGAGAACGAUAUCAAAUAUACUACCUCGUUGACAUGGACUUAUUGGAGCGUCUGCAAGGGUGA